AUGUUCAGUCCGGCCCUUGUUUUUUCUUUGUGUAUAAUAACUAAAGAAAAUGAAGAAAUGAAUACUUUUCGAGAAAUUUUGGGUCCGGAUUUGCCAAAAUAUUGUGAACUGAGAAAUAAUGUUCAUAUGUUAUUUCUGAAUAUUCACAAUAUGUGGAUUGGUAAUCAACCUUUGCCACCAAAUGUUAUAUCUAUUUGGGGUAUUCACAAAAAGCUUGAGAAACCAUUGCCAAAAGAUCUUGAGACAUAUCUGGACUCUUCGAAACAUGGCGUGAUUUAUAUUAGCUUUGGAAGUAAUGCUCCUUCGACAACUUUACCACAAGAAUUUAUACAAAAGUUAAUCAGAGUGUUUUCCAAACUUCCCUAUGAUGUUCUGUGGAAGUGGGAAGCAGAUGAAAUGCCAGGAAAAUCAACUAAUAUUAAAAUAUCUAAAUGGCUUCCACAGUCAGACCUAUUGAGGCAUAAAAAUGUUAAACUAUUCGUCACUCAAGGCGGUCUCCAAUCAACAGAUGAAGCAAUAACUGCGGGAGUACCGCUCAUAGGUAUACCAAUGCUUACAGAUCAAUGGUACAACGUUGAGAAAUAUGAGAAACAUAGAAUUGGUGUUCGACUUGAUAUGGAAACAAUAACUGAAAGUCUUUUUAGUGCAGCAAUUAAAACAUUAAUAAAUGAUCCAAGUUUUAAAGAGAACAUUAUAAGACUUCGAAGUAUCAUGGCUGAUCAGCCUGUGAGUGCAUUAGACCGAGCAGUUUGGUGGACGGAAUACGUUUUAAGACAUGGUGGGGCGAAACACAUCCGAGCGGCCGGUGCAAAUAUGUCCUGGGUCCAAUAUUAUGAAAUAGAAUUUAUACUUAAUUUAUUUAUGACUAUCGUAAUUAGUUUUAGUAUUAUGAUAGGAUCGUUGUAUCUAUGUUUGCGAAAAUUUGUAUUUUCCAAGAAGGUUAAAGUUGCAUAG